UUUAAUUACCAUAUGUAGCUUUACUUGUGUAACUAAAUUACGUUCUGACUCAGGGCAGGAGGUGGGAGAAGAGGAUGAAAAAAGGGCGGAAUACUGAAGACCGCGGUAUUCUGUGCUCAGCCCUUGGGGUCCAGGAUUCCGGGAGAGCCCAGGGCAGCUCCCCGAUCCCGUCCGGCCGGGCCCCCUGGCGGCAACGCGAGACCCGCAGAGCGGAGGCGGAGGCGGGUGCGGAGGCGGAGGCGGAGGUGGGGGUGAGCCCCGCCCAGCCGCGCACCCGGCCGUUGCCUUGGCAGCCGCGCCCCGCGUGGCGGAAGCUCACAAUCAGCCAGUCCCUGCGGCUCCCAUCCCGCCUCCUGCGCUCAUCUGCCCGCACGCUCGUCCUCCGCGGACCCCGGGCCCAUAGACACACGCACCCGGCCCUGCUGCCCCGCGCGCCACCUCGCCUGCUCUGCCCAAAGGGACACCAUUCACGCCUGAACGUCUCCGCCAGGCUCCAGGAGCCCAAGGUUGCGGUUGGGCCCGCGCCGAGCGUCGGAGUACAAGAGCAGGAGCCGCCCGGGUCGCCCCCCGCAGGCCCAGGCUCUUAGAUGCCCAGAGAUCCGUGUCUCCUGAUCGUCCUGACGCCUAAGAGGUUUUAACUCCGAAUGCCCAAAGAUUGAUGAUCUACACUACCCACCCAGUCUGGACCUCAUCCUAAGUGCCCCAUCUCAGAAACAGUUUUAGUUUUUGUCCAGAAAGUGUUUUCAAGGAGCUGGUCAGGCAUGGCUUUAGCAGAUAAAAGACUUGAGAACUUACAGAUCUACAAAGUUCUUCAGUGUGUGCGGAACAAAGACAAGAAGCAGAUAGAGAAGCUGACCAAGCUUGGAUACCCGGAACUAAUCAAUUUUACAGACCCCAUUGAUGGACUUAGUGCUUUGCACUUAGCCUCGGUUUCCAACGAUAUUGAUAUGGUCAGCUUUCUCCUUGACCUUGGUGCUCACCCUGAUGUGCAAGACCGAAUGGGCUGUACUCCCACCAUGAGGGCUGCAGAACUGGGCCAUGAAUUGUCGAUGGAAAUACUGGCAAAGGCAAAGGCUGAUAUGACUAUAGUUGAUAAUGAAGGAAAAGGCGUUUUGUUUUACUGCAUUUUACCGACUAAACGGCAUUAUCGCUGUGCUCUGAUUGCCCUUGAACAUGGUGCAGAUUUCAACAAUUCUACCUAUGAAGGAAAGCCAAUAUUCCUUAGAGCUUGUGAAGAAGCACAUGAUGUUAAAGAUGUAUGCCUGACACUUUUGGAAAAAGGAGCCGAUCCCAAUGCAAUCAAUCCAUCCACAGGCCGCACGGCUUUAAUGGAAGCAUCAAGAGAAGGGGUGGUGGAAAUAGUUCGAGGCAUAUUGGAAAGAGGAGGUGAAGUGAAUACAUUGGACAAUGACAGGCAUCACGCCGCUCAUUUUGCUGCGAAAGGAGGCUUUUUUGAUAUAUUGAAGCUUCUUUUUGCCUACAAUGGAGACAUGGGACUGAUUUCGUUAAAUGGGAACACACCACUUCAUUAUGCUGCCAUGGGUGGUUUUGCAGAUUGCUGUAAAUAUAUAGCCCAGCGAGGAUGUGACCUGAAAUGGAAGAAUUUAGAUCAUAAAACGCCCAGGGCUGUGGCUAAGGAAGGCGGCUUCAAAGCAGCAAGCAAAGAGAUACGCCGAGCAGAGAGAACUGCUAAUAAACUAGCCAGGCCAGGAGCCAAAAACCCAAAUCCCCUCUGGGCCCUUAGACUGCACGAUUGGUCCAUAGAACGUGAGGCUUUCCUGCGGGAAGCCUUUUCUGCUGUUGACAGGGGCGACGGGAGUGUCAGCAAGAAUGACUUCGUGAUGGUGUUGGAGGAAAUGCAAGAUUAUGCAAGCUCAGAGCAGUUGGCUGCCAUCGCCCAACUUCAUGAGAAAAUCCGGGGAGGAGGAGUCAAUAUUAAUGAAUUCUUUAAAGGAACCAGAUAUUUAAGCAAGUCUUUUGUUUUAGGAUCCUAUGGACCUAAGAAAAAGAAAAAAGGGAUGGGCAGAAAAGGAAAGAAAGGUAAAUUUGUCUUACCCCUUCCAAUCUGUGUCAUUCCUGACAACGCGUUUCCACGCCGGCAGGAUGGUGGGCCACCGUAUUACAUGAUUGAGACCUACAACAAUGUCACUGAUAGCAGCCGGUUUAACAGAGAUCAUCCCCCAGAACAUCCCAUUCAGGAUGACUCUGCUUGGUACAUUGAUGAUUCAGAGAAGGCAUUUUCAAACAUUAAUAUUAUCACCAAGGCAGGGGAUCUAGCUUCUCUGAAAAAGGCCUUUGAAUCAGGAAUACCUGUGGAUAUGAAGGAUAAUUAUUACAAAACUCCACUAAUGACGGCGUGUGCAAGUGGAAACAUAGAUGUGGUCAAGUUUCUUCUUGAAAAAGGAGCUAAUGUUAAUGCAGCAGAUAAUUUUCUGUGGACUCCACUUCAUUUUGCAUGCCAUGCAGGCCAACAAGACAUUGUUGAGCUUCUUGUUAAAUCUGGGGCUUUAAUAGAUGCAGUUUCAAUCAACAACUCAACUCCUUUAAGUAGAGCCAUUGAAAGCUGUAGACUGGAUACUGUGAAAUACCUACUUGAUAUUGGUGCUAAAUUCCAGCUGGAAAAUAGAAAAGGGCAUACUGCCAUGGACGUUGCAAAGGCAUAUGCCGAUAACAGAAUAAUUGGUCUGAUUAAAGAAAAGCUAGAUAACUUGCAAAAAUCAGCAGAAACUCAAAAACUAAAAGGCAAGACUCCUAUACUGAAGACUGAAGGCCCUGAAAUUAAGAAAGAAGGGGAACCACUGUCAUCAAUUUAUGCUGUACCAACCAUAUCAGAGGGAAAGAAAGUGCCAAGGGAUAGUGUGGUUCAUCUCAAUUCAUUGAUUACCAGUGGUUAUACCAAGAAGGUGGAUAUCACAUUUAUUCCACGGAGGAUUUGGAGUCCUGAAGCCACAACAGCAGAGCUGAUCAGGAAGAGGGAACUACGGCGGGAGAGGUUUACAUGGGAAGUGGACUUCGAUGAUUUCAUGAUGCCUUUUCAGAAGAACAUCACAGAAAAAGCUCGAGCAAUGAAAGCUGCCUUGAAGACCUAAGUCACAGCAGUUACUUCUUGGGAUAAACGCUUUGGGACCCAGGGACCAAUCUUUGGAGAGAGUAGAGAUUUCCAUUCAAGCCAGAGCAAUCCAUACAGCAAGAACCUGUUACCAAAUAUUUCUUCUUGCUUUAACAACGAUAAAUAUUCUGAGCUGUCUAGAGAAAAGAUGUAUGUUAUUUUGAGAUGAAUGCUAUGUCAUUCUGGAUAAAUCCCCUAACCCCUUUAUGUAGGUAGUGAAUUACAUGGCAUGUGGGUUAUAAACAUUACAGUCAAAAGAUUUACCAAGUCUACACCAUUAUACUGGUCUCAAACUCCUGAGCUCAAGAAAUCCUCCCAACGUGCCUGCCCAAAGUGCUGGGAUUAUAGCUGUCAGCUACUGUGCCAAGCCUGCUUAUUAAAUAUACAUUUCUAGUGGAAAUUGAUGAAAACAAUUUAGGUUUUAGAAAAAACAGCAAUAUUUAAUCUUUUAAGGAAGGAGUUUAUUUCUCACAUGCUAUUAUAAAGUGUGUGUAUCAGAUACCUUGGGUUGAAUAUACUUUCAACAGCCCUAGCUAUUAAAAGCCCUAGCCCUAGAUACAUAGCCCUAGCCCUAGAUUAAUAGAUAUUAGGUUGGUGCAAAAGUAAUUGCAAUUUUUACCAUUACCUUUAAUUACAGCAAAAAUCACAAUUACUUUUGCUUCAGCCUGACAGCUAGCUAGCUAGAAAGACAGACUAAGUGGCAGACAGAGAGACAGAUAGAUGAUUGAUUGAUAGAUCGAAAGAUAGAUAGAUGAAGAGAUUUAUUGCAAAGAGUUGGUUUACAUAAUUUUGGGGCCUGGAUGGUCAAGUGCUAAAUUUGUAGGGUAGGCUGUCAGGAAGUACAGGCUGGAAACAUGCAGGAGCUGUCCCUGAAGUCCAGAAGUGGAAUUUCUUCUUCAUCACGGAAACCUCAGUUUUGUUCAUAUCCCUAAAUACUUCAGUAUGUGUUUCCUAAAAGAAAAGGCAUCCAUUUACCUAAUCAGAUUACGAUUGUCAAAAUUUCAACUGUUGUUAAAGUGACUGAUGGGAUCAGGUCCAUCUAAAUUAUCUAAGACAAUCUCCUUUACAUAAAGUCAGUGUUGGUUGCAUAUACACAAUUCCUUCACCGCAACACCUAAGAUUUGUAUUUGAUUGAGUUACUACUUACUAUAACCUAGCCAAGUUGAGACAUAAAAUUGACUAUCUCUGGAGGUGUACUCUGGAAUAACAAGCUAGCUGAGGCAUUACUCACACCAGGAAAUGCAGUGGGUACUAAACAGGAGCUCCAAAAAUAACCAAUGUCCCACUGACAAAAAAAGUCACUUUAGAAUCUGUCUUACCAGAAGGCACUAACUCCAGAUUACAACUUGUCAGUCACAUAUGGAUUAAACCCCUUUCUCUAACCUCCUCCCUCUCUUUCCAACCUUGGAGAAGACUUUCUCAGGAGCCAGACAUGGAGGAGAAGGGAAGAGAGAGAGUGAAGCAGGUAACCAUGUCCACCUCUUUGGAGGAGACAGACCUAAACAGGGGUUGCUUACAAGCAUUGUCAUUUGGAGCCAGGAGAUUUGCUAUUACAACUGCAUUUUGUCUUUAUGUAAGGUUUUGUUUUCAUUUUUUGUUAUUUUUCUUUUGACUUAAUUUCAUAUUUAUGGAAAGUUGCAGUAAUUUUACAAAGAACUCCUAUAUGCCCUUUACCCAGAUUACCUAAAUCUUAACCACUUAUUACAUUUGUUUAUCUCCUUCUCCCUCUACAUAUAUGUGUGUGUUAUGUUUAAUUUUCUUCCCCAAUUGUUUGUCAGUUGAAGACUUGAUGUUCUUUCCCACUAAAUAUUUCAUCGUAUUUCCUAAAAUCACAAUGUUCUUUUGCAUAACAAUAUUACCAUUGGCAAAAUAAGGAAAUUAACGCUUAAAUGAACUAUUUAAUCUAUAGACUUUAUUCAGAUUUUGCUAUCUGUCUCAAUAAUUUCCUAUGUACUCCCAGGUCAUAAAAUACAUUCACUUGUCGCAUCUCUUUAGUCUCUUGUAGCUUAGAACAGUCUAUUUUUCCUUGCUUGUUUGUUUAUGACAGUAUAUAAGAAUACAAGCCAGUUAUCCUGUAAAAUGUCUCUCAACUUUGGUUUGCCUUAUAUGUCUUCAAAAAUAGAUUCAGGUGAUGCUUUGGGGCAGUGCUACAGACGUCAUUGCACCCUUCUCGGUACAUCAUAUCAGGAGGCACAUGCCGUUGAGACAUGAUGUAAACUUUGUAAACUUUAACUGCAUUUGAAGUUGAGAGAAACGCAAAUUAAAGUAAAGAUGCAGUAAUAAAUCAUAAUUGCAUUAAAUUAACUGUAGUACAUACUGUACAACUGUAAUAAUUUCAUAGCCACCUGUUGCUAUUGUGUUGAGUUCAAAUGUUGUCUUUUCUCAACUUUGUUGUAAGAAUACAAUAUAUAUAACAUAGUGAA